AAGGCCUUAAAAUUUUGCAACUUUGUAGCAAAAUCUAUUGGGGGGAGAGAUGAUGGUCUUAUCCUGCGCCGCCCCUGCAAAUCCUGCGCGGCUUCAGCGGGCUUCCAUGCCUCCUGUGGCCGUUACUUCAAGCUCUCGAGUCUCUUUUCGCAGUGAUGGCCAUCCCUUUGUUCCUGAGGUUGUCAAAGCAGUUGACUCCUUGUAUUUAGAUUUCAGAGCUGUGGACAAUUUGGUGGCACGCAAUACUGCCCGUGUUCUUAAAGCUUUUCAGAAUGCUCGGCUUGGAUCUCAUCACUUUGCUGGAUCUACUGGUUAUGGGCACGAUGAAGCGGGGGGACGUGAAGCACUUGAUCAAGCUUUUGCGGAAAUUUUUGGGGCCGAAGCUGCAAUUGUUCGCUCACAGGUUUUCCUAUAUUUUUUCUCAGGCACCCAUGCUAUCACCUGUGCUUUGUUUGCAUUUUUGAGGCCUGGGGAUGAGCUUUUGGCAAUUGCUGGUGCUCCCUAUGACACCUUAGAGGAAGUUAUUGGAAAGAGAGACUCCCAUGGGCUGGGUUCGCUGAGGGAUUUUGGAGUGGACUACCGUGAAGUUCCGCUUGCUGAAGAUGGUGGACUCAACUGGGAGUUACUUAAAGGUGCUUUGAGACCUCAGACAAAAUGUGCACUUAUACAGAGGUCAUGCGGUUACGCAUGGCGUCAAAGUUUGAGUAUAAAUGAGAUUGGGAAGGCUAUUGAGAUUAUCAAGAUGCAGAAUCCCAGUUGCCUAGUGAUGGUGGAUAAUUGCUAUGGUGAAUUUGCAGAAAGUUUUGAACCUCCAAUGGUGGGUGCAGAUUUGAUUGCAGGUAGUUUGAUAAAGAAUCCUGGUGGAACAAUUGCCCCAUGUGGUGGAUAUGUUGCGGGAAGGAGAAAAUGGGUAGAAGCUGCAGCUGCUCGUCUCUCUGCACCAGGACUUGGAGUGGAUUGUGGCUCAACACCUGGCAAUAUCAUGCGGGCAUAUUUUCAGGGUUUGUUCCUUUCUCCUCAAAUGGUUGGCGAGGCUAUCAAGGGAACCUUGCUGAUUGCUGAAGUCAUGGCAUCCAAAGGAUAUAAAGUCCAGCCUCGUCCUCGUGUGCCCCGUCAUGAUACUGUGCAGGCAGUACAGCUUGGAAGCCGUGAGCGCCUGCUCGCUUUCUGUGAGGCUGUACAGAGAAGCUCCCCAGUAGGUUCGUUCACCAAACCUGUACCAGGUACAACCCCAGGAUAUGCAUCAGAGGUGAUAUUUGCUGAUGGUACUUUUAUUGACGGAAGCACAAGUGAACUCUCUUGCGAUGGUCCACUAAGGGAGCCAUUUGCUGUAUAUUGUCAGGGUGGCACUCACUGGACUCAAUGGGCCCUCGUUCUUGGAGAUGUAUUGAAAUAUAUUUAGUCAUGCUCGAGAAUCGAUCAACAAGGAGGCACAUGUUCUGUGAUUCCUAUGAAACCAUUACUUUCUGCGUAUGCUGCAGCUGUUUCUGUUGAACCAGUGCCGUACUAUCUAUUGGUAGUCUCGGAAGAAAUUAGUUUAGAUUGCUUAAAAGCAUUAGGGAUGGCCUUAUAUCUUGUGUUACUGGUGAAGCCAAUUUUGUAGGCAGAAGAGAAAUGAGGAGUUGUAGAUUCUGUAUUUAGAUAGAUGAACACAUCUUUCUUUCCUUUUCUUUCUCCAAAACCUUAUUUUUCCCUACUUUCAGAAAUGAUGGGAUAAUGUAUUAUAUACUGAUUCAUUUGUCACAGUCAGUACUUGCCUUCACUGUUGGUGCUUGGUUGUACAUUUGUUAUUGCACUCCUGGUUUAGGGAC